UUAUUUGUUUAACUAUGAUAACAGCUGGUAAAUCUUAUUGAAUUAAUCUGUUGUAUUAGACACUUUUCACAUUCACUAAUAUAAGUUUUCUAACAACAAGCCCAUUUUCUCAGUAGUCUUCAAAUCAUUUCAGAAUUAUACUUUUAUAGCUUUCAGAGAAACUAUAAAAACUGUUCACCUGUGCUGUGUCUUCUUUAAAUAACUCAAAGUUUUAUUUGAAUCAUCUUUACAUAAUUCUUCCUUGUGUUGUAGUAUGGCUUUGUUGCUGAAAGAAUAAUUUAAAAACAAUGAAAGUGUAAUAAAAUAUGAUCUGAUAAUAAAGGUGUAAUAACUAACGUCAUCCGCGAGAGGUCGCGCGUGCUUCAGUGCGUCAUCAUCGAGCGACAGACAGAUACGACCCCAUUAUAAACUUCCACACCAAGACAUUAGUAAAUAUUGUGCAUUUGUGUUUUGAGAUGGAGUUGAAUGUUCGAGAUGAACUUGUGAAGGAGUUUCUGGACUGCUCAUCCAGAGGAGAUCUGGAGAAGAUUUCUUCAAUGAUGUCUCACUCCAGUGAUCUGAUAGAUGAGAGAGGAGAGACGGGCUGGACCGCUUUAAUGCUGGCGGCUCGACACGGACACUACGAGAUAACUAAACUCUUACUGUCCAAAGGGUGUGACACAACCGCAACAAACAGAUCGGGUCAGACCGCCCGAGACGUGGCUCUGUUUUGGGGUCACAGACACAUCGCCCGUUUGUUGGCCGACGGCCGGGACGGUGUCGUUCAUCACGUUCUGCCCGAGAGAGAGACGGAUGAGGCGGAUAUUUACUUUAACAGAGAGUUUCUCAACAGAAUGAGCGAGAAGCGGACAGAUUCAGAGUGGCUCGCUGCCAAACGAUCUUCUCCUCACAGCGUUUUCAUCCUCUUUUAUAAUCUGAAUCCUCUGGUGUCACCCCGAGCCGAUGCCAACGAGGCUGAGAAACAGGAGAGACGCCUGGAGACGGAUGGAGACGGACCGAUCGCCUGGUUUGCUCUCAACACCGAAGACGAUCCUUCAAAACUCCUUAAAGUGAAAGAUCCAAACAGUUUCUUUCUGAAGGGCCCGAUGCCUGGACUCCUGAUGCUGAGUGACAACGAUGCGGGUGUCGUCGCUCAAGCGCGGGCCGUCCUCGCGUGGCACAGCAGAUACGGAUUCUGUCCGACGUGUGGAAGCGAAACUGGAGUAGAAGAGGGAGGUUACAAGAGGACCUGUUUGAGAGCAGGCUGUAAAAGUCUCCAGGGCAUCCACAACACCUGCUAUCCCAGAGUUGAUCCUGUCGUGAUCAUGUUAGUGAUCCACCCUGACGGGAAUCAAUGCCUGCUGGGACGCAAGAAGAGUUUUCCUUCUGGAAUGUUCUCGUGUCUCGCUGGCUUUAUAGAAGCAGGAGAGUCGGUGGAAGCUGCCGUGAGGAGAGAAGUUCAGGAAGAGAGCGGCGUUCUGGUGGGCCAGGUUCAGUAUCAGACGUGUCAGGCGUGGCCGAUGCCGUCCUGUCUGAUGAUUGGCUGCCACUGCGUUGCUCUGACAACCGACAUCACAGUUGAUAAAAAUGAAAUCGAAGAAGCUCGCUGGUUCACGCGGCAGCAGGUGAUCAAUGCACUCGUGAAAGACAAACAUGCCGUCUUCAACAUCCCACCCAAACAAGCUGUUGCUCACUAUCUGAUCAAACACUGGAUAGGCUUUAACUCAAAUCUAUGAUCUCGCUUUAUAUAAUAUGCUGCUUUUACAUUUAAUUUUCUAUGUAAAUCUUUGAAUUGCACAAAUCAGAUACACUUUAUAGAUUUUAGAAGAGUUCAUGUGAUCAUGUCUUAAAUUAAAAGCAAAAACUAACCUUAA